AUGUCUGAACAUCCGGCACAUUACUCUGGCGAAUUCCACGCUCGCAAGCCUCCAUCCGAGCCCAUGAUGAAAGGAGGACAUCAACCGGGAAUCAAAGUCGGCAACGACCGCCUCCCAGAAUCCCACCUCGAAACAUUCCCUCCAGGAACCGCUCCCCCCGAAUCAUCCUUCCGCCCCAAUCCCACAUCAGAAAUCCCAGGCCAAGCCAACAACCCCGAAAUCGACUCCUCUGGCCGAAGUGAUCCUCUCGACUUCCCCGGCGCCACAUCAAAAGACGUAAGCAACAGCUACGGCCGUCCCAUGCAGGGCCUCGAAGGCCGCGAAGUAGCCUCACAGUUACCGGGCAAGAAACACACCGGCACGCGAGAGCAUCCACACGGCCAUAAGGAAGCGGGAGCGGGAUUAGGAGCCAUUGCGGCAAAUGUCAACAAGAGUGAUCCCGUGAGAGAGCAUGGAUGGGACUUGCCCGAGGGCGUGGAGAAGGGCACGAGGGGCAAGGUUGGUGAGAGCUUGGCUGGGGCGGAGGGGGUAGAGCCCGUGAAGGCGGAUGAGGUUGCUUCGGAGAGGUUCUAA